AUGGAAGAGGAAUUUGAAGAAGAUACAACUUCCAAAGAAAUUAAAAGGGAUUAUUUAUGUACAGUACGACAACUAUUUGAUAAGGAGUAUAUGGAUUUAGAGGUAUUAUUUGAAGGACUUGUGCUAAAUGAUCGACCUAAAGGUUGUAUUUUCAAGACUCAACAACUUAAAAUGCUAAAUGAUAUGGAUCAACUUAAAUAUUAUAAUAAUAGAAUGAGAGUUAUAGAGAAAAUGUUAACAAAAUACAACAAAAACAUUGUUGAUGAUCAAUUUUGUUUAGACAACAUUAAAGAUUUAAAAUUAACAAAUUUAAAAUUAGAGUUUGGUUAUAAUAUUGCCAUCUUAACACCAAAUAGAGAUGAUUAUGUCAUUACAAUUGAUGAAAUUGCUUCACUAACAAAUUGUUUUACAAUUUAUUCAAAUAAUGUAAUCAUUAAAAUGUUUAUUGUAUUAGAACAUUUUAUAUAUUAUUUUGAUAAAUCAAUGCCAUCUUUAAUUAAUCACAAAGAAUUUAUAAGUGAUCAUAAAAGGUUAACGCAAUUUUUUGAAUUGGACAAUGGUUUCAAAGAAAUGGAAUAUUUGGUAAAGUUAACAUUUUGUUCUUUAAAUGGUCAACUAGAAGAGGAUGAAUUUUUAAUGAAUUUAUUAUCAUGUAGACCAAAAUAUAAUUCUCAAUUCCAUCUAACCACCAUUUUAAAAGAUAAUUUACAAUUUGGUGGAUGCAAUAACGGUGCUAUAAAAAAUGAUUCAUUAUUUUCUUUUUAUUUUUCAGAAAUAAUUAAUUUUGAGAAAUUUUAUUUGCCAUUAAUAAAAAAACAAAAUUUACAAUUACCAAAUGAUAAUGAUGAAAUUAAAAUAGCAAUAAAAAAUUUAAAUGAUGUUAUUUUAUUAAAUAUUUUCAAGUAUUUAAUAUUGAUCAAGGGUGAAACGAAUGAAAAUGAUGAAGAUGAAAAUAUUUAUAAAAAAAAGUAUUAUGGUUUUAAAAAUGGAAUAGAUAUUGUCAAUGUUUCAAUGGUUUCAAAUAGAUUUUUUAAGUUAAUGAAAACUGCACUAUCAUUAAUUGAUUGGAGUCAAUAUGACAAUAUAGAAUUAUUAAAGAGUGAGGUCGAUUAUGAUUGUGAAAAAUGUUUAAUUAAAGAGCCACCAUCCUUCACAAAGUAUCAUAUAUUAUUAAGAACAACCAGUGGCACUUUAUUUAAACGAGUUUCUCAAUCAAUUGAAACAUUGGUAAUUGAUACAAUUGGGGUAUGCCCACGCAAUUUUUUUCUUUUUAUAGUGGAUUCUUGUAAUAUUGCCCCUCCAUUUGGUUCAUUUGAAAAUCUAAAAUCUUUGGUUAUUAUUGGUAGAGUAUCUGUAAUGGGAAGCCAAAUUAGUUGUGGUGUAUUUGGUUUACCCAUCCAAUAUAUAAUACUUAAUGGAAAUGCCAAACUGGUCAACUUUACUUUGGUAGAUAAAGUUAAUGCUGAAUCUUCUUAUGAUAUCGAUUUCAUUAAACAACUUUUAAACUGCCAUAAAAAUACCUUAAAAUCAUUUAAUUUGGUUUGUAAUAGUAUGAAAUCAAAAUAUCACAUGGAUAAAAUUAUUAAAUUAAUUCAUGCCAUACCCACAAUUAAAUUAACUCUUUAUAAAGGUAAUAAAAUAGUAGAAAAAUUGAUGUAA